AUGCCAAUUUUUGAAAGUGCAGGAACAUCCACUUCUACAAUUGCUACCACUGCUACUACAACUGCUGCUAGUAGAUCUACAAGUCUGAUUAAAUCCAGCACGAAAAAUACCACAGAUAACCUGGAUACAAAUUCUGAAGCAAGCAUAGAUACUAUACCUGCGACCAUCACAUGGCGACACCCAUUUUGCAGGGAUCACAUCAGCCAAAAUGUUGAUGGUAAGUCUGGCGAAACUACCUUGAUCAACCCCUCAGAUGGUGGGGAGUUUCUCAAUCGAACCCGAAAAAUGGAUUCUGAAUUGAAAGGAGUGAACGAUGCGGAGUUCAAAGUUGAUUUUGAUGUUAAACUAAAAGCUACAGGCGUGAAACUAUUAAAGGAGCAAGAUGACAAGUUGAGAAUAAAUUUCAAGAUAAAGGUAAACAGUACCGAUGCCGAUAUGCUACACGAAGAAGGAAAAUAA